UCCUCUCAAAGGAGGGCGGAUGACUCCAGCUCCAUGCGCAAUAUUUGAGAGGAUCAUAGGAUCCGAACCACAUGACGGAUCGUCAUGCAAUUUUCAUCUUGUCAACCGAGAUUGGAUUGGUGUACUGCAAUACAGAGGAGGGGUGACUGGAUUUUGGUGGAUUGCUGCAAAGAGGAGGGCAAAGGAACAAGAGUGAUGGGAUUUCAUCCAUUGCGCAAAAAAGAAAUUGUUGGGAAUGUGACAGCCAUAUCAAGGAACUAUGGAGUAGUUAAUAAUGAAGUUUAUUUCUUGGCUGGUGUGUGCAGUGAAGAAUAUGCACCUCGAAAGGGAGAUGAUGUACGAGUGAUGGCCAUUGAGAGUGAUCAGGGAAAAUAUGGAUGGAGAGCAAUCAAUGUACUUCCUAUUGUACUCAGUCAGAUUGCUCGACCUUUCAUUUUGACCAAGAAAUCUACAGAUCAGGGAAUGUUUUUAUCACCACAUGUGUCUCAACUCCUGGAGAAUAAGGCUGGCAUAAUCAUUGUUCCUAAUACCAUUGAUUUUGGGACUGUCAUGAUGGGAGAGAAGAAAACAAUGAAUGUCAUGAUAGAGAAUCAUAGUUCAGUUGAUCACUCCUUGGGUGCCAUACAAAUUCAAGGUAAUCCAGAUAAGCUUCAGUUUCAAGUUUUAAGUCAAAGUGGUUAUGGUGAAGUGUUGAUUGUGAUUCCACCACAAGGUUUUAUCACUGUCAUGUUUCAGUGCAUUGGAACAUCAUAUGGACAUGUUCAUGAUCUCUGCAUAUUUACAGUCUCUCAGUUCAGAAUUGGACGAUAUUUAACUGUCAGAGUUGUCGAUCCCUUGCAAGAAGACUUGAUCACUCAGGCACCAUACCAUAAUAGUGGUGGCAUUAGAGAUGGAAGAAAGAGAAGACAACCUGCAAUGCAUCAUAGGAUGUUCCCUCAAAACCACCAAUCUGUUGUUCCUGGUCAGAAGAUCUUUCAACCAUCAGCUUUCCUUCCUUUUCGUCUACCUCAAUUUGCAAUACCAAAGACCUUAAUGGAUCUUGUUUUGAAGAAGGGGAACAUACUAGAAUAUGAAUCAGCUUUGGGAGAGGAGUUGAGUCCCAGGAACUACAUCUCACGAUUCAGAAUACUCUUAUUCCUUGAGGAGAUUGGUGCUUGCAUUCAUAUGAAGCAAUUUGACAUGCACAAUGUAUCACUGAAACCCAUUGGAUCAUUCCUCCAAUUGGAUGUCCCUGGGCUUGCUGAGAAGCGGCCAUCUCUGAUUAUUGGGGAUAGUGUCAUCCUCUCUGAUCCAUGCCAAUUGCUCAAUGUGUUGACAGACCGGAGAGUCUUUGCUCCAUAUGGGAUGGAAGGUGGUCAGAAAGGAACCAGGGGUCUGAAUCUCCUUAUGAGAAGAAAUCGCACCAUCAUCAAUCUGGGGUCCAAAACUACCGUUGAAGUUGUGGCUGGGGAUGUGUUUAGACUGGAGACUCCAGGGGGAGGUGGCUGGGGUAGGGAGGAAGAAAUGGAAGAUGAGGGUUGUCCUGAUGAGGAAGAAGAUUUGGAUGCUCCUGCAAGGACACACAAGCUCUUUGCCCCAAGAGGAAGCAUUCAAGGAGUUGUUCCUAUGCAACAAGAUGCAGCAUAG